GAUAAUAUUGUUGAAGUGAGGAAGGAGACAGAGACGACCCCAUUCAUCCAUCACCUUCUCUAGAUCUCAGAAUCUCUCUUUUGGUCUCUCUUAUUUUUAUCCCUUACUUUUGGCCAUUCCUGUCUUCCACUUUGCCCUAUUUCUUCUUUUUAAAAAAUGGGAUCCGCCGCCGAAUUCACGGAUCCCACCACCGGGGCCGAGAAGCACCACCACCAGCCAAUACAAGUUGAAGACGAAGACGAACAUGUUGUCGAGCUGGAGAGGAAAGCGUCGUCAUUUCGUCAUGGAAAGAGACUCGACAGUGCGGACAGUAGUACACUCACCAACAUCAGCUCGUCUUCUAGCUUUUCCGGUGAUGGGUCCCCCGAUUUCCGUAACGGCGAAGGAGAGCAUAUCGCAAUUGAAGACUUGGAGGUCCCGGAGUCGCCGGAGCAAGUUACGGAUGUUGGUGGAUUUCACGAGGAGCAUGGCGACGGGAACAAUUGCAACGUUUACUUUGACGGUGAACAAGGAAUUUGGAAAUGUCGCCAAUGCGAUUGGACCUACAGAGAGGAAUCUUUGUUAUAUUUUGAUACCAAAGAUUCUGAGUCAGCUGGUGUAGAACCUGAUGCUCAUGAGUCCCAAACUGCUGACCGCUUGAACGGGGAGAAAAAGCAGCAAGAAUCUGAUAACGUUUCGACUUCUGAGGAUAACAAAGAGACCCGAGAAAUCGAAGAAGUGCAAGACGGUGAAAUCUCUAAAGGCCCUGAUCAACCCCCUGGUGAUGUUAUAGUAGAGGAGCGGGAAACCAAAGAUGUGGAAGAUUAUGAUGUGGAGAAAGUGCUGAAAAACCAACAGACACAUGAUUUGUUCUGUCCAAACUGCAAGUCUUGCAUCACUGAAAGGGUUGUCCUUCAAAGAAGGAAACGGAAGAUCCCUCCUGUGCUGGACGAUCCACCAAGCUUGACAAGGCCUCGCCCUAAUGAUGACCCUGUUCUUCGAUCGGGAGACAAUUUGCCACCUGCAGAUGGUGAUGAAAACUCUAUUCAUGAAUCCUUUUUCUACAAAUGCUUGUCAUGCUUCAGCAUAUUCUUACCCACAGGGGUGGAUUCUAAGCCGAUUCCUCCCAGUGAAAGUGUGGAGGUGUUAAAGACUCAGCCAAAACCUCAAGAGAAGGCUACAGGCGUUUCCAACUGGUUCAGUCCAAUGUUUGGAGGAGUUAAGAAAAAAGAACCAGCUGUUCAGCAAGGUGGGGCGAUACCUAGUGUCCCAGCAACUUCCUCAUCAACAGCUCCAGCCCUUGUUCAGGAUGUUGCAGGGGCUUCGAUUCAAGAUAGUAGUGUUUCUCAAGUUAAAGGGCCUGUUGACACCCCUUCGAUUCCAGUUGCAAAAUCAGAUGAUGCUAGCAAAGUUGUCAACAAUGGAGCGACUGUUGAAAAUGAGCAAAAGUUUCUGGUUCCUUCGGCGGAGGAGCAGCAAACACAGCAAAAGAUGAAGAAGGAUGAUGCUAAUGCAGCAGACCGGAACCACUCGUCAGACAAAGGACGCCUUUCCCCGAUUCAUCCAUCUCACGACAUGAACAUAUCAAACACAGUGACCAGUGGACCCGAUGGAGUAGUAAGAGUAGAAACUAUAUUUCAUGCAGAAGGUGUCUCUCAUCUCUUUGAAGGAACAGACACUGGAAAGCUAGAUUUUGGUCUGGGAAAAGUAACAGGUGCGAUGGACACAGGUGACAGAGGAGUUAUUACCGGCACACCAAGUCCUGUAAUUGAUAUGCCACCACUCCCAGUGAGUUCGCUAGAAGAAGGGACUCUACGGGAACCGUUGGUAGUGAGACCAGUUGGUGAAGGACGUACAGUGGAAAUCUUGAAAAGCAUUGUAUACGGAGGUCUAAUUGAAUCCAUCACAAGCCUCGGUGUUAUUUCAUCUGCUGCUGGUUCCGGCGCUUCAACGUUGAACAUUUUGGUUUUGGGGCUUGCAAACUUAUUCGGUGGGCUGAUUCUCCUUAUUCAUAAUCUCCAAGAACUCAGAGACGAGGAACCCAGAAGAACAACAACAGAGAAUAACCAGACUAACGGUCAAGAAGAAGGUCGGUACAAGCGACUCCUCGGAAGAAGAGAAAAUUUCACGAUUCAUGCAAUAGUCGCAGUCUUAUCCUUCAUAAUCGCCGGGCUACUCCCUCCUGUAGUCUACUAUUUCUCAUUCAGCAAAACACACAACAGAAACUACAAAGUGGCAUCAGUUUUCGGGUCAGCUCUAGUGUGCAUUGUGUUGCUCGCCUUAGCUAAAGCUCACGUGAAGUCCCCAAGAGGUAGCCACUUAAAGAGCGCUCUGUACUAUACGAUGAUUGCUGUGUCGGUGUCGGGGAUUUCGUACGUGGUUGGUGACUUUGUGGAUCAGUUGCUUGAGAGGUACGGAUGGUCUGAUGGAUCUGAAACUCCGGCGGGAGAGAUGUUGCUUUCACUCAUGGGGAGAAAAGCUGGUAGCUUCGGAUACUCAUCAUCAUCGUACUGAAACUGAAUCAUGUCUGUAGAACAAUCCAACACCUCGUGCUACUUUUCUAUUUCACUCUGCUUUGUGAGCUCUCUUGUUAGACUUUUUGUUUUGUUUUUUGUUUUAGGCCAAAUCUUUUGUUGUUCCAAUUAUAGGAAGCACACAAUAAUAAAUGACGACCUGUACCCUUUUAUG